UCCCACAACUCUCUCUCUCUCUCUCUGCCUGUCCAGUCUGGCGUGGAAUGAGGGAAUCCGCCAUCCCGCGUAAACUAUCCCAACUCCAAGGGCUAAAGAAGUGAAAAAGAAAUAUCGUCCCUACUUUUCCCCCGUCAUCACCACGUUAUGCUCGUAUUUACCAUUGAGGAAUACCCCGUCUUGCCCCAUAAGGCAACGUGGGCUCAUUUCCCGAUACCAAAGAAGGCCUCCCAAAAAGUUGGGGGAGACCUCUCUUACUUACUUUUACUAGGGCCUUUUCAGCUAGGUAAGGGGAUCUUGCGUUUACAAGCGAACCAGCGUGUGUCCGUCCAAAUCCAGUCAAUUUCACAGAAUAACGUGGAUCCAUACACGACACGACGGGAGUUCCUUACUUGGACCAUCAUAGCUUUGUCCGGACGGAAACCACUGCACCGGCGGAGGACGAUGGAGAGACGUGAAGGGCCCGGCGGAUCAUGUAGGCAUGCAGACGCAUCUUGUCCGUUCGUCAAAGUGCUUGCCUACUUUGAAGCCGAGCUGCGAGACAUUGGAAAUGCGUCGUCUUUCAGCCCGUGGAAACUAACUGUUUGUAACUCUGUAAAAGCCCUCUCUCCAGAUAGAUACAUAGAUAGAUACAUACAAUGGCACGUCGUAUCACUUGUGCAAUGCCUAGGGAAAUGGGCCCAGCAUCAUAGACAUCUACUUCAAGAUCCCGAACCCAAGAGAACGGGAAGAUGGCGUGGGUUCAUCUAACCUCAACUCGGGUUAUCGCGUGCGCGCGCGCGUGUAAGUUGCGUCCGCUGUCCGCGCAUCCAGGCCAGAACCCUGCGCUGACAGCUCACAGUCCCGAGGGAAACACACACAAGAAACGAACGAGGGAGGGGUUGGGUCCGUCAUGGCGGUAUCGAUCCCACUGGAAAGCCAAGACUUUAAGCUCCAAAGAAACAAAAUCCCACGAGCUACCCUAAUUCAGCACCUUGAUUCAAAUCCAGGCUCUGUCCCUUGUCUGCACGCGUCGAAGCUGAGAU